CUUGAAUACUGGAAUACGAGCAUACUCGAGUACAACCAGCAAACCCUGGGCUCAUUGGCGUAUAUCGUUUCUGUCCGUGUCGACGGUUACAACUUCGCCUUCAUCCAUACAACCAAUUCCACAACGCCAAAGUCGAAAUGCCACCUCUUCCCGUCCGAAUUGCCAUCCUCGAAUGCGAUACUCCAAAUGAUGCCGUCAAGGCGAAAUAUGGGCGUUAUGGAGACAUUUUUACUACUCUUCUGAAAAAGGGAGCCGAGGGGUUACUUCCAGAAUCAUCUCCUGAGUCUGGGCUGGCGCUGUCGGUAUUCGACGUUGUGGACGCCCAAAAAUAUCCAAAGCUGGAAGAUAUAGAUGGCAUCAUAAUGUCCGGAUCGAAACACAACUCCUAUGACAACGACCCCUGGAUACUGAAACUGGUGGAAUUUACCAAGCAAGUCUUAGCACAAAACAGAGUGCGGCUCGUUGGCGUAUGCUUCGGGCAUCAAAUUAUCGGAAGAGCUCUGAAUGCCAAAGUUGAUCGAAGUGAGAAAGGGUGGGAGGUGAGCGUUCUCGCGAUGGAUUUGACGAAGAAAGGGCAGGAACUUUUUGGUCAACCUUCAUUGGUAAGUGGCAUGCUCUUAUAGGUCGGACGAAGCUGAAAACAAUAGGCGCUGCACCAAAUGCACCGAGACAUCGUUUACGAAUAUCCCGAGGGCGUCGAGGAAUUGGCCUAUACAGACAAGUGUAGUGUGCAAGGGAUGUAUGCAGCCAAGCGGUUACUCACCGUUCAAGGGCAUCCAGAAUUCAACGGGGAUAUCAUGAAAGAAAUAAUGACCUUACGACACGCCCAAGGUAUAUUUGACGAUGCCAUUCUCGAAGAUGCUUUGGCAAGGGCGGAUAAAUACCAUGAUGGGGUCGUUGUUGCGAAAGCAUUCCUAAAGUUUAUCAUGGAGGAUUAA